AUUCAUGUUGAUAUUUAAAUAAAAUGUGACACUAGCUAUAUGUAGCUUAACCCUACUGCUCAUGCAAGACGGUGAAUUACCAAAAUUUAAUAUUCAGAGGUGUUCAAAAUUGCAGUUCUCGUACCUAACCUCACAAUGGUCGCUCUUGAUAUAAACACCGUAGGAGCCCUUGCAGUAUUGUUUCAUCGUGGAAGCAGCAUCUCUGCUACCGGUGUCUCAGACAUGCUGCUUCCACCGAAACUGCAUUACUUCAUAUGGAGAUGUGCUAAAGACCUCAUUGCUACGAAAAGCAAUUUGAGAAGAAGGAAAUGCUCUCCAAAUACCAUUUGUCCUUGUUGUGAAAGCCCAGAUGAGUCUCUCCUUCACUGUCUUUUCCUGUGUGACCAUGCGGCUAAUACUUGGAACAAAUUCUUUCCUUCACUUCCAUUCCCUUCGAGUUCUUCCUCUUUCUUUGGUUGGUUUUGCAGUUUGAAGGACAACCUCGCGCCCUCGAGCAUCCUCCAAGUUGUGUUUUUGUGCUGGAAUAUUUGGAAAGCGAGGAAUGAGCUUGUGUUUUAGGGAAUGCACUCCAUCACCGUACAAUACGUGCAUCAAAGCUUACCAUGAGUGCCAGGAGUGGUCUAUGUGUCCCAAGAGGCCAGUUGUGGGUCAUCUUGUUCAGAGUCAGCCCAGAGGGCCCCGCUCUCAUCCUUGUUCACCGCCAGACAAUCCCGUUUUGGAGAUUCACUGUGACGGAUCAUUUUUACAUGAUUCUCAGGAGGCGGCUUAUGGUAUCGUUGUCAUCAAUGACCACAGACAGGUUUGUGACGGACGAGCUGACUCAGUACUUUGCUCUUCACCGAUGGAGGCUGAAGCUUGUGCUCUUUUGGAAGGUUUGAAGCUAGCUCAAGAAUACAAUAUCCGGUGUGUGGUCAAGUCCGAUCGUGAGGUCUUAGUGAAAGCCCUCUCCUCUUCCCCUCAACAUGGCCAUGGCGUUGCUCGACAAAGCUUGCAAUGAUGUGUGGGAUUCUGAGAACAUCUAUUCUUAUCAAGGUGGUGGCCAUUCCGCGCCGCCUUAACGUUCGAGCUGAUUGGGUAGCCCGUGGACAGGCACACUCCACUCUUCCACAAAAUUGGAUAACUAUUCUUGAUCUUAUCUCAAACUCCAUCACUUGAGUGUAACGCUUUAUCUUUGUUCGGUUAAGAAAUGAAAGUAUCUUAUUGUAAAAAAAAAAACCCAAAGAUAACUCUAGUAGCUCCAUCGAACAGAGGCUAUGGCGGCAGCGGCGGCGAAGAAGAGGGUGCAGAUCCCGACGGACCUGACCACCGACAUCCUGUGGAGGCUUCCGGCCAAUGCGUGCACCUUCCGAUUCCGCUGCGUCAGCAAAUCAUGGCGUGAUUUCCUCUCCAAUCCCUAUUACAUCUCACAACAACUAUCCGGAUGCGCCGACGAUUCUUCUUCUUCCGACCACAAAACCAUGAUCAAGAGCGGCAGCUUCCUCUCAAUGUCAUCGGUUUCCAUUAUGCACUCGGACAACACCUUCGAGCCGCUCCUUCCGAAAAACUAUCGCGACGCGAAAAGGAUUUGAUCCUCUGGAAUCCGGCCACCUCGGAAAUCAAGCUCGCCCCCCGGCCCGCCCUCCUAAUGUGUACCACAAGCCCACGGACGUGCCCCGGUCUGGGCUCAAUUCACAAAUAGAUGCCAUCAUAUGCCAGGCCCAAAUCCUCGACCAAAAUGGGCCCUGGCUCGGUUACGAUCCGGAAUUGGAUGAUUAUAAAAUCCUAUGGCGGGCCAGGAUCGUUGCCCAAACGGGGCAAACUGACAACUUCGUCAACGUAUACAGUCUAAGAAACGACUCAUGGACGAAGCUCUACGCCGUCACGACGUACCCUGCGGUUUUUAUGGGAUUCUCGAGAAAUUUGAACUGUUUCUUCGUACCGUUGCUGACGCACCAAGGCGUCACGUGGGAUGAAGUGAAUCGCUGUGUUGUUUUCCAUCCCUGCACCAGAGAGUUCAGUUAUCCCGACAUUCAGGGAAAAGAGAUCAUAAAUUAUGUGCCUUCUAGAAUUCAUCUACGAAAUUACGACGACAAUAAGGGAAUGAUUGCAAGAGAAAGAAGCAUGCUCGUUUGGAGAAUUGAAGUCUAAAAAUUUACUAGAUGGUAAACCAUCCAGAAAUUCUAGCUCUGCCAUAUUGCUGAACUUUAUUUUAUUAUUUUUUUUUGGUAACUGCAAUUGUAAAAAUUAAAUAAAAACAUAUUCUUAUUUUUUUUUUUAAUAAAAUGACCUGUGUAUC